UGUGACAGUUGAUCUGAGUUGAUCCGAGAGCGGGGGUCGACGGAUCACCCGCUCAAGAUUUCCAAGAUUUUGCGAUACCGAUUACCGCGGGAUGGGUGACUCCUUGGACGGCUCCGGGGAACCGUCCCCGGAGUCUCAAACUGUUAUAGUGGUAGAAUAUUGGGAGUUUGUUACUUAUUUAAAAAAAGUUAUAAUGGUCCUUUUACCCGACGAAGAUGUAUUACCACCCGCGUUCGAUUCUGCUUUCGAGGACAAGAACAACCAAGAGUGUAUUAGAAAAUUUUUAAGCGAUUCUCAAGUGUGGGCGCUCUAUAUACAAAGGAGUUCUAGCAAAGAAGAAGACAGCAAUGAAGGAGACGAAGAAAAAGAGAAUUCUGUUUUGUAUAUAUCGAACGAGAUACAUUUCACUAAUCCUAAAAUGGCCUCCUUAGUUUUAACAAAACGAGGAACAAUAGUCGAGGCUGACAAGUCUAUUCAUUCGCAACUACGUUUAGUUACCUUCUCGGAUGGGCCACCUUAUGAAACAUUGCAUGCUAUAAGUAAAACAAUUGCUCCGUAUUUUAAAAGUUAUGUGAAAGAGACCGGUCGUGCAGAUAGAGAUGGAGAUAAAAUGGCACCGACGGUUGAAAAGAAAAUAGCAGAGUUGGAAAUGGGAUUGUUACAUCUCCAACAAAAUAUAGAUAUCCCCGAAAUUUCCUUACAAAUUCAUCCGGUCGUGGCACAAGUAAUUAAACAAUGCAUAGAAGAAAAUCGUAAGCCAAAAGUAGCAGAUUUCGGCGAUAAAGUCGAAGACUCUACGUUUUUGAACCAAUUGCAAAAUGGUGUUAAUCGAUGGAUAAAAGAAAUCCAAAAGGUAACUAAACUGAACCGUGACCCAGAAUCAGGCACUGCCCUUCAGGAGAUUUCUUUCUGGUUGAAUUUGGAACGAGCAUUACAUCGAAUACAAGAGAAACGGGAAAGCAUAGAUAUUUCGUUAACACUGGAUAUACUGAAGCAUGGAAAAAGAUUUCAUGCAACUGUUAGUUUCGAUACAGACACUGGCCUGCAACAAGCUUUGGAUACCGUCAACGAUUAUAAUCCUUUAAUGAAAGACUUUCCAAUCAAUGAUCUAUUAUCCGCCACGGAACUUGAAAGAAUAAGAGCCAGUGUUCAACAAAUCUUCAUUCACUUUCGAAAAAUUCGAAGCACAAAAUAUCCUAUUCAAAGAACAUUAAGAUUGAUGGAAGCUAUCUCCAGGGAUCUAGGACAGCAACUUUUAAAAGUAUUGGGUACAAGAAGAUUGAUGCACAUUCCAUUUGACGAGUUCGAAAAAGUUAUGGGACAAUGUUUCCAAGUAUUUAACACGUGGGACGAUGAGUAUGAAAAGUUGACUGGAUUGUUGAGAGAUCUUGUUAAAAAGAAACGCGACGAACAUAUAAAAAUGUUGUGGAGGGUUUCACCGACUCACAAAAAGUUGGAAAACAGAAUGGAACAUAUGCGUCACUUCCGUCUGCAACACGAACAGCUCAGGACAGUGAUUGUUCGCGUGCUCAGACCUACAGUCCAGAGUAAUAACAAUACCACAAUGGAAAACCCUGAUACCGACAACGUAAAGGUAGAAUAUGCUUUCGAUGCCGCGGAUGCAAAUGCGAUAAGCGAAGUAAAUUUAGCGUACGAAAAUGUCAAAGAAAUCGAUUGUCUUGACAUCAGCAAAGAAGGUCAAGAAUCUUGGAAAGCUGCCGUUCAUAGAUACGAGGAGCGCAUAGAAAGGGUUGAGGCUAGGAUUACAGCGCAUCUGAGGGACCAGUUGGGCACUGCAAAGAAUGCAAAUGAGAUGUUUCGAAUUUUUUCGCGUUUCAAUGCGCUUUUCGUGAGGCCACACAUACGAGGUGCUAUCAGAGAAUAUCAAACGCAACUGAUACAAAGAGUGAAGGAUGAUAUUGAGGCUUUACACAAAAAGUUUAAGGUUCAAUACGCACAAAGCAAAUGCUGUAAAAUGAGUACCGUCAGAGAUCUGCCUCCCGUUGCCGGUUCCAUUAUUUGGGUGAAACAAAUAGAUUAUCAGCUUACGAUGUACUUGAAACGGGUCGAAGACGUUUUAGGAAAAGGAUGGGAGAGUCACAUUGAAGGACAAACAUUGAAAGCGGACGGAGAUAGUUUUCGUAUGAAACUGUCGACCCAAGAAAUUUUCAACGAUUGGGUGCGAAAAGUACAACAAAGAAAUCUGGGCGUUACCGGGAGGAUUUUCGCGAUAGAAAAUGUACGAUCGCGCACGGGUCGUGGCAACGUGUUGAAGUUAAAAGUCAAUUUUCUUCCUGAGAUCAUCACGUUAUCCAAGGAAGUAAGAAAUCUUCGUAACCUUGGAUUUCGUGUACCAUUGCCAAUUGUAAACAAAGCGCAUCAAGCCAAUCAGCUGUACCCGUUCGCAAUCAGCCUGAUCGACAGCAUCAGAACUUACGAGAGAACGCUCGAGAAGCUUACCAAUCGGAGUUCCCACUGCCCCGCACUGAAGAUCGAAGACAAGGCCAGCAUCGUACCGUUAGUUGCUGGGAUGCGCAACGAUGUGUUAUCGCUUAUCUCUGAGGGAAUCGGCCUUAUUUGGGAAAGUUACAAACUAGAUCCGUACGUGCAACGUCUGUCCGAUGCUGUCGUUUCGUUCCAAGAGAAAGUCGAGGACCUUGUAGUCGUUGAAGAGCAACUGGACGUUGACGUUCGUUCCCUCGAAACUUGUCCGUAUUCAGCGAACACGUUCGCCGAUAUCCUCUCGAAAAUUCAAAAAGCCGUGGACGAACUGUCACUGAAGAAUUAUUCGAACUUGAACAUAUGGGUGUCCCGACUCGACGAGGAGGUGGAGAAGAAUUUGGCGGCCAGAUUGGAAGCUGGGAUCAAAGCAUGGACGGAUGCCCUAACCGGUCAAAAGAAAGAGGUGGAUUUGAGCAUGGACACGGACGCUCCAUCACAACCUACGCACAAACCGGGCGGCGAUCCGAAGAUUCAAAAUCAGAUUCACGAGGUCCGCAUAACGAAUCAAACGAUGUAUCUGUAUCCGAGCAUCGAGGACGCGAGAUUCCAGAUAAUGCAGCAACUGUUCGCCUGGCAAGCCAUCGUCACGUCUCAAGUACGUCUCCAGAGCUCGCGAUAUCAAGUCGGUCUGGACAAACCCGAGUCGGCCACUUAUCGGAAUUUGCUCACGAAGCUGCCCUCCGGAAAACAGCCGUUAGAGGCUGCUUACGAAGCGGUCGAGUCCAAGAUGAAGGACGUUGCCGAUUACGUGGAUCAGUGGUUACGCUAUCAGGCGCUCUGGGACUUGCAGCCGGACAACCUGUACGGCAAACUGCGGGAGAACAUAAAUCUCUGGAUGAAAUGUCUGAACGACAUCAAGAAAACUAGGACCACGUUCGACACGUCGGACACCAGACGCGAAUUCGGCCCCGUGAUCAUCGAUUACGCGAAGGUGCAGAGCAAAGUGUCGCUGAAAUAUGACUCCUGGCACAAGGAGACCCUCGGUAAAUUCGGAACCCUCCUCGGCAACGAGAUGGCGAGCUUCCAUUCGCAAGUGUCCAAGUCCAGAAGCGAUUUGGAACAGCAAUCGAUCGAAGCUGCCAGUACUUCCGACGCGGUCGGGCUGAUCACGUAUGUCCAGUCAUUGAAACGUAAGAUGAAAGCUUGGGAGAAACAAGUGGAUAUAUACCGCGAGAGUCAGAGGAUACUGGAGCGGCAAAGAUUCCAGUUUCCAUCCUCUUGGCUGCACGUGGAUAAUAUCGAGGGUGAAUGGGGAGCUUUCAAUGAGAUACUCAAGAGAAAAGACACCAGCAUACAAACGCAGGUGGCGUCGUUGCAGAUGAAGAUAGUCGCCGAGGACAAAGCCGUCGAGAUCCGAACCACCGAUUUCUUGAGCGAUUGGGAAAGGGGCAAACCAGUCGAGGGUCACUUGAGGCCGGACGACGCUCUGCAACAGUUGCAGCUGUUCGAAAGCAAGUUUGCCAGGUUGAAAGAGGAGAGAGACAAUGUUGCGAAGGCCAAAGAAGCUUUGGAGUUGCAGGAGCCCGGCGGCGUUUCCACCAGCGAAGAUAGGAUGCAAGUCGUCUUCGAGGAGCUUCAAGACUUAAGAGGCGUCUGGUCGGAGUUGUCCAAGAUAUGGGCUCAGAUCGACGAAACCAGAGAGAAACCGUGGCUCUCGGUGCAACCAAGAAAAUUGCGGCAACAGCUGGACACGAUGAUGGCCCAGCUGAAAGAGCUGCCAGCCAGGCUGAGGCAGUACUCCUCUUACGAAUACGUGAAGAAGAUGCUGCAGAGUUACACGAAGGUCAACAUGCUGAUCGUUGAGUUGAAAUCGGACGCGCUCAAAGAGAGACACUGGAAACAGCUGACGAAACAGCUCCGGGUCAACUGGGUGUUGAGCGACCUCACUCUCGGCCAAGUUUGGGACGUGAAUCUUCAGAAGAAUGAAAGCAUAGUCAAAGACAUCAUCCUCGUCGCGCAGGGCGAGAUGGCGUUGGAAGAGUUUUUGAAGCAGGUUCGCGAGUCCUGGCAGACCUACGAAUUGGAUUUGAUCAAUUAUCAGAAUAAAUGCAAGUUGAUACGCGGCUGGGACGAUCUCUUCAACAAAGUCAAAGAACACAUUAAUUCCGUCGCCGCGAUGAAACUGUCGCCGUACUACAAAGUAUUCGAGGAGGAAGCGUUGACCUGGGAAGAGAAAUUGAACAGGAUCAACGCGUUGUUCGACGUCUGGAUAGACGUGCAGAGGCGCUGGGUCUACCUGGAAGGCAUCUUCUCGGGCAGUGCCGACAUCAAGACAUUGUUACCGGUUGAAACGUCCCGGUUCCAGAGCAUCAGUUCCGAGUUUCUUGGUCUGAUGAAGAAGGUAUCGAAAUCCCCGAUGGUCAUGGACGUCCUCAACAUUCCAGGCGUGCAAAGAGCCCUCGAACGUCUAGCCGAUCUGCUUGGAAAGAUUCAGAAGGCUUUGGGCGAGUACCUCGAGAGGGAACGCACCUCGUUUCCCCGGUUUUACUUUGUCGGCGACGAGGAUUUGCUCGAGAUUAUUGGCAACAGCAAGAACAUAGCGAGACUGCAGAAGCACUUUAAGAAGAUGUUCGCCGGUGUGGCAGCUAUUCUUCUCAACGAUGACAACACCGUGAUCACGGGUAUAGCGUCGAGAGAAGGGGAGGAGGUGCUCUUCCAAAAUCCGGUCUCCACCGUUGAUCAUCCGAAGAUCAACGAAUGGUUGACCCUGGUGGAAAAAGAGAUGAGAGUCACGCUGGCGUCGAGUCUAGCCCGUGCGGUGCAGGAUAUCAAACAGUUCAAAGACGGCAACAUGAACUCGCAAGCGUUCAUGACUUGGUGCGACAAUUACCAAGCGCAAAUUAUAGUUCUGGCAGCGCAGAUUUUAUGGUCGGAGGACGUCGAGGCGGCUCUGCAUGAAGCGCAAUCCGAUCCCAGCAAAGACCCUCUGGAAAGAGUCUUGAUACAAGUCGAGGGUACUCUGAACGUGUUGGCGGAUUCGGUGCUGCAAGAACAGCCACCCUUGAGGCGGAAGAAGCUUGAACACCUGAUCAACGAGUUUGUCCACAAACGUACGGUAACGAGGCGGCUGAUCGCGAACAAGGUCUCCAAUCCGAAAGCAUUCGAGUGGCUUUGCGAGAUGAGAUUUUACUUCGAUCCCAGGCAGACAGAGGUUUUGCAACAGCUCACCAUACACAUGGCGAACGCCAAGUUUUUCUACGGCUUCGAAUACUUGGGAGUACAGGAUAGAUUGGUGCAAACGCCUUUAACGGACAGAUGCUACUUGACCAUGACUCAGGCUCUGGAAGCUCGGCUCGGAGGUUCUCCGUUCGGACCGGCUGGAACAGGAAAAACUGAGUCGGUCAAGGCUCUGGGUCAUCAGCUAGGAAGAUUCGUGCUGGUGUUCAACUGCGACGAGACUUUCGACUUUCAGGCUAUGGGCCGCAUCUUCGUCGGUCUCUGUCAAGUCGGCGCGUGGGGUUGCUUCGACGAAUUCAAUCGUCUGGAGGAGAGGAUGCUCUCGGCUGUCUCUCAACAAGUACAAACCAUCCAGGAAGCAUUGAAGAGUCAAAUGGAAGGGAAGAAAGAAGGAACCCUCUGCGUGGAACUGGUCGGUAAACAAGUCAAGGUGUCCACGGAUAUGGCGAUCUUCAUCACCAUGAAUCCUGGCUAUGCUGGACGAUCGAAUCUUCCCGACAACUUGAAGAAACUAUUCAGAUCACUGGCUAUGACUACGCCGGACAGGCAGUUGAUCGCCGAAGUUAUGCUUUUCAGUCAAGGAUUCAGAUCGGCCGAGAAAUUAGCCUGCAAGAUUGUACCAUUCUUCAAACUGUGCGACGAACAACUUUCGGAUCAGUCUCAUUACGAUUUCGGUCUACGAGCCCUGAAAUCGGUGCUGAUCUCUGCCGGUAACGUGAAACGCGAUCGUAUACAAAAGAUCAAAGAAGGCAUGCAGAACCGUGGCGAAACGAACAUCGACGAGGCGUCGAUCGCUGAAAAUCUGCCAGAACAAGAAAUCCUUAUUCAGUCCGUUUGCGAGACAAUGGUGCCAAAGUUGGUUGCCGAGGAUAUCCCUUUGCUGUUCAGUCUGUUGAACGACGUGUUCCCGAAUGUGAAUUAUACUCGGGCCGAGAUGAAAGAAUUGAAGCGUCAAAUUAGAAAGGUUUGCAUGCAGGAAUAUCUUGUGUGCGGCGAAGGCGACGAACAAGGUGGCGCAUGGCAAGAAAAGGAAGUAGUCGGUGGGACCUGGCUAGGAAAGGUGCUCCAACUGUAUCAAAUCUGCAACCUGAAUCACGGACUGAUGAUGGUCGGACCAAGCGGUUCCGGUAAAACGAUGGCGUGGAAGGUGCUCUUGAAAGCUUUGGAGCGAUUCGAGGGUGUGGAAGGCGUCGCGCACGUGAUCGAUCCGAAAGCGAUUAGCAAGGAAACGUUGUACGGCGUAUUGGACCCGAAUACGCGCGAAUGGACCGACGGUCUGUUCACGCACAUUCUUCGAAAGAUUAUCGACAACGUCAGAGGCGAGAUAAAUAAACGUCAAUGGAUCAUAUUCGACGGCGACGUCGAUCCGGAAUGGGUUGAAAACCUGAACUCCGUGCUGGACGACAAUAAACUGCUGACUCUGCCGAACGGCGAGCGACUCAGUUUGCCGCCGAACGUGAGAGUUAUGUUCGAGGUUCAGGAUUUGAAGUACGCAACGUUGGCCACCGUGUCCCGUUGCGGCAUGGUUUGGUUCUCCGAAGACGUGCUCUCCACGGAAAUGAUAUUCGAGAACUACAUGCUGCGGUUGAGAAACAUUCCGCUCGAGGACGGCGAAGAGGAUAACCUGAACAAGAAGGCGCCAGAGAAAGAGGCCACCAUGCAUCCUGUCGUGGCGGUGCAGAGGGAAGUUGCCAGCAUCUUGCAGAGCUACUUUGCACCGGAUGGCAUGGUGGUUCGAUGCUUGGAAUACGCUAUGAAGCAAGAGCAUAUCAUGGAUUUCACGCGUUUGCGAGCAUUGAGCUCCCUGUUCUCCAUGUUGAAUCAAUCGGUGCGCAACGUUUUGCAAUAUAAUCACGCGCACGUGGAUUUCCCACUGCCGUACGAACAGCUGGAGCGUUAUAUGCCGAAGUGUUUGAUAUACGCUUUGCUCUGGAGCUUCGCCGGGGAUGCCAAGCUGAAAGUUAGGUCCGACUUGGGAGACUUUGUCAGGUCUAUUACAACGGUGCCUCUGCCGUCGCAGACUAACAUUCCAAUUAUAGAUUUCGAAGUAAGUAUUCACGGCGAAUGGUUGCCGUGGAGCAACAAGGUUCCUCAGAUCGAAGUGGAGACGCACAAAGUUGCCAGUCCAGACAUCGUUGUGCCGACUCUGGACACGGUCAGGCAUGAGAGUCUGCUGUACACGUGGUUAGCAGAACAUAAACCAAUCGUGCUUUGCGGACCACCGGGUUCCGGCAAAACCAUGACUCUUUUCUCCGCCUUGCGAGCUCUACCCGACAUGGAAGUGGUUGGACUGAACUUCUCGUCGGCAACCACGCCGGAACUGUUACUAAAGACGUUCGAUCAUUAUUGCGAAUAUCGAAAGACUCCGAACGGCGUGAUCCUUUCGCCGGUGCAAUUGGGCAAGUGGCUGGUCCUGUUCUGCGACGAGAUCAACCUACCAGACAUGGAUAAUUAUGGAACGCAGCGCGUGAUCUCGUUCCUCAGACAACUGGUGGAGCACAGGGGUUUCUAUCGAACCAGCGAUCAAGCUUGGGUGACCUUGGAAAGAAUACAGUUCGUCGGUGCCUGCAAUCCUCCCACCGAUCCGGGAAGAAAGCCCCUAAGUCACAGAUUCCUGCGACACGUUCCAGUGAUUUACGUCGAUUAUCCAGGCGAGACUUCUCUGAAACAGAUCUAUGGUACAUUCACGCGCGCUAUGCUUCGUCUAACGCCAUCGUUGAGGGGCUACGCGGAGCCUUUAACGAACGCGAUGGUUGAGUUCUAUCUGGCCUCGCAAGAGAAAUUUACUCAGGACAUGCAACCGCAUUACGUUUAUUCUCCGCGUGAGAUGACCAGAUGGGUGCGCGGCAUCUGCGAAGCAAUUCGUCCUCUCGACAACCUGUCGGUGGAAGGUUUGGUACGGUUGUGGGCUCACGAGGCGCUUCGCCUCUUCCAAGACAGGCUGGUGGAAGACACCGAAAGGGCUUGGACGAAUAAGAACAUAGACACCGUCGCCAUGAAACACUUCAUGAGCGUCGACAGAGAAAAAGCAUUGGCAAGACCCAUCUUGUAUAGCAAUUGGUUGUCGAAGGACUACGUGCCGGUCAACAGGCAAGAGUUACGCGAUUAUGUCAGGGCAAGGUUAAAGGUCUUUUACGAAGAGGAAUUGGACGUACCGUUGGUGCUCUUCGACGAAGUUCUAGAACAUGUUUUACGGAUCGACAGAAUCUUCCGACAGCCUCAGGGACAUUUACUAUUAAUUGGUGUCUCUGGUGCUGGUAAGACGACUCUGUCUAGAUUUGUUGCGUGGAUGAACGGUUUGUCGAUAUUCCAAAUCAAGGUGCACAACAAGUACACCGGCGAAGACUUCGACGAGGAUUUGCGACAGGUGUUGAGGCGUUCUGGUUGCAAGGACGAGAAAAUAGCAUUCAUACUCGACGAGUCGAACGUGUUGGAUUCUGGUUUUCUCGAGCGUAUGAACACAUUGCUUGCGAACGGCGAGGUACCCGGGCUGUUCGAGGGUGAUGAGUAUACGACGCUGAUGACGCAGUGCAAGGAAGGGGCGCAGCGCGAGGGAUUGAUGUUGGAUUCGAACGAGGAGCUCUACAAAUGGUUCACCAGCCAAGUAAUGAAGAACCUGCACGUGGUGUUCACCAUGAAUCCAAGCACGGACGGGCUGAAAGACCGGGCCGCGACAUCGCCCGCGCUCUUCAACAGAUGCGUGUUGAAUUGGUUCGGCGACUGGUCCGACAACGCGCUCUUCCAAGUCGGUAAAGAGUUCACCAGUCGCGUCGAUUUGGAGAAACCCGUGUGGAAGUGCCCGGACUUCUUCCCGUCCGUGUGCUCGUUGAUACCGGCGCAACCAUCUCACAGAGACGGCGUGAUCAACGCGUGCGUCUACGUGCAUCAAACGCUGCACAAAGCCAACGCCAGACUAGCUAAACGGGGCAGCAGAACCAUGGCGAUCACACCGCGGCAUUACUUGGACUUUAUCAAUCAUUUCGUCAAACUGUAUCAAGAGAAGAGGAGCGAUUUGGAGGAGCAACAGCUACAUUUGAACGUCGGUCUGAGCAAGAUUGCGGAGACCGUGGAGCAGGUUGAAGAGAUGCAGAAGAGUUUGGCUAUCAAGUCCCAGGAGUUGCAUGCGAAGAACGAAGCUGCCAACGCGAAAUUGAAACAAAUGAUUAUGGAUCAACAAGAGGCGGAAAUGAAGAAGUUACAGAGUCAGGAGAUUCAACAACAGUUGGCGAUACAAACGGUCGCCAUUAAUCAAAAAACCGACGACGUCAUGGCCGACCUGGCGCAGGUCGAGCCGGCUGUCAUCGAUGCACAAAAUGCGGUGAAAUCGAUAAAGAAACAACAUUUAGUCGAAGUUCGGUCCAUGGCGAAUCCACCGGCCAUCGUGAAGGUCGCGUUGGAAUCUAUCUGCUUGUUGCUCGGCGAAAACGCCAGCGACUGGAAAUCGAUCCGCGCUGUCAUCAUGAGAGACAAUUUUAUCAAUACUAUCGUCUCUAAUUUCAGUACCGAGGACAUUACGGACGAGGUACGAGAGAAAAUGAAGAGUCGUUAUUUGAGCAACCCUGACUACAAUUUCGAAAAAGUAAACCGAGCCAGUUUGGCUUGCGGGCCGCUCGUCAAAUGGGCUACCGCACAGAUCGAAUACGCGGACAUGUUGAAACGCGUCGAGCCGCUUCGAGACGAGCUCUAUUCUUUGGAAAGACAAGCCGAGACUAACAAACAGAAGGGCGAAGAAGUCAAGAACUUGAUCGCUCAAAUGGAACAAAGUAUAGCCUCGUACAAAGAGGAAUAUGCCCAGCUGAUUUCCCAAGCGCAGGCUAUCAAAGCUGAUCUGGAAAGUGUACAGGCAAAGGUGGAUCGUUCUAUAGCGUUGUUGAAAUCGUUGGUGAUCGAAAGGGAACGAUGGGAGGCGACCAGUGAAACUUUCAAGAGCCAAAUGUCUACCAUCAUCGGGGAUGUUCUAUUAUCGUCCGCUUUCCUGGCUUACGCUGGAUAUUUCGAUCAGCACUAUCGACAAAAUCUAUUCAGCACCUGGUGCCAGCAUUUGCAGCUGGCUAAUUUGCAAUUCCGGCCGGACAUCGCGAGAACCGAAUAUCUAUCGAACCCCGACGAGCGGCUCAGAUGGCAAGCGAACGCUCUGCCGACGGACGAUCUUUGUACGGAGAAUGCCAUCAUGCUGAAACGAUUUAACAGAUACCCGUUGAUCAUAGAUCCAUCCGGACAGGCGACCGAGUUUAUCAUGAACGAGUUCAAGGAUCGAAAGAUCACGAAAACGAGCUUCUUGGACGACUCGUUCAGAAAGAAUCUUGAGAGCGCACUGCGUUUCGGUAAUCCUCUGCUGGUGCAGGAUGUCGAAAACUACGAUCCCAUAUUGAAUCCCGUUCUAAACCGAGAACUGAGGCGGACAGGAGGCCGCGUGUUGAUCACCCUCGGCGAUCAGGACAUCGAUCUGUCGCCCUCGUUCGUCAUCUUCUUAUCGACGAGAGAUCCGACCGUCGAAUUCCCACCGGACAUCUGCUCGCGCGUCACCUUCGUCAACUUCACCGUGACCAGGAGCUCUCUGCAGAGCCAGUGUCUGAACCAGGUGCUCAAGGCCGAGCGUCCGGACAUCGACGAGAAGAGGUCGGAUCUGCUGAAGCUGCAGGGCGAGUUUCAUCUGCGACUCAGGCAACUCGAGAAAUCGUUGCUUCAGGCGCUGAACGACGCCAAGGGCAAGAUCCUCGACGACGACUCGGUGAUAACGACCCUGGAGACCUUGAAACAGGAGGCAGCCGACAUCAGCAAGAAGGUCGAGGAAACGGACAAAGUGAUAGCCGAGAUAGAAACGGUCUCUCAACAGUACAUGCCGCUGUCGCAGGCCUGCUCGAACAUGUACUUCACCAUGGACAGUUUGAACCAAGUGCACUUCCUGUAUCAGUACUCCCUGAAAAUGUUCUUGGACGUUUUCACGUCUGUGCUGACGCAAAACCCAAGACUGUCCAAUCUAUCGGACUACACGCAGAGACUGUCGAUCAUCACGAGCAAUCUGUUCUCCGCGUGUUAUGAGCGGAUCGCGCGCGGAAUGCUGCACAUCGACAGACUGACGUUCGCAUUGUUGCUCUGUAGAAUACACUUGAAGGGGAUCGCCGCCGAGUCGACGUACGACAGCGAGUUCACGUUCUUCUUGCGCGGCAAGGAAGGCGUGCUGAACGUCCGUGGACCGCAUCUUCCCAACCUGAGCUCCGAGCAGCUGGAGGCCAUGAUGAGGUUGAGCCUCAGGCUGCCAGCUUUCAAGAAGCUCGCGGAGAAGAUCCAGGAGAACGAGGAGUUCAACUCGUGGCUGCAAUCGCCGACACCGGAGACCUGCGUGCCGAAGCUUUGGGACGAAGAGAAGGCGCUCACGCCGACCGGGACCGCUAUGCACCAGUUGCUGGUGAUACAAGCAUUCCGACCGGACCGAGUAAUCGCCGCGGCGUUCUUGGUUAUCACCUGCGCGCUGGGCGAAUCGUUUAUGGCCGCCGCGGAAGCGGAACUCGACUUCGCGUCCGUCGUCGAGAACGAGCUGAAAGCCACGGUGCCAGCGUUGCUGUGCUCGGUGCCUGGAUUCGACGCCUCCGGCAGGGUGGACGAUCUAGCCGCCGAAUCCGGUAAACAGAUAGCCAGUAUCGCGAUCGGCUCUUCGGAAGGGUUCAAUCAGGCCGAUCGAGCGAUAAACAUGGCCGUGAAAGCUGGCAGAUGGGUAUUGCUGAAGAACGUUCACCUGGCGCCGCAGUGGCUGGUGCAGCUCGAGAAGAAGCUGCACAGCCUGCAGCCGCAUGCCAGCUUCCGACUAUUCCUGACCAUGGAGAUCAGCCCGAAAGUACCUGUGAACCUCCUACGAGCCGGCCGAAUAUUCGUGUUCGAACCACCGCCAGGCAUCAGGGCGAAUCUUCUGCGAACCUUCAGCACUGUGCCCGCCUCGAGGAUGAUGAGGGCACCGAAUGAGAGAGCUCGGCUUUACUUCUUGCUCGCGUGGUUCCACGCUAUCGUUCAGGAACGGCUUCGUUACGCGCCCCUGGGCUGGGCCAAACACUACGAGUUCAACGAGAGCGAUCUGCGAGUGGCUUGCGACACUCUCGACACUUGGAUCGAGACCACCGCGAUGGGAAGGACCAACUUGCCCCCAGAGAAGGUGCCCUGGGACGCCCUGGUCACGCUGCUGUCUCAAUGCAUCUACGGCGGCAAGAUCGACAACGAUUUUGACCAACGUUUGCUGGCGUCGUUCCUUCGGAAACUGUUCACUCCAAGAUCCUUCGAGACCGACUUCGCGCUGGUCGCCAACAUCGACGGUUUACAGAGCAGCCAGAGACACAUUACCAUGCCAGACGGCACGAGAAGGGACCAUUUCCUCAAGUGGAUCGAGUCGCUAUCCGACAGGCAGACUCCUUCUUGGCUUGGGUUACCGAACAACGCGGAGAAGGUUCUUCUCACGACAAGGGGCACUGAUCUGGUGUCCAAGUUGUUGAAGAUGCAGCAGCUAGAGGACGAAGACGAAUUGGCUUACUCGAACGAGGAGUCUUUGGAUACGCCUAGGGAGGCAGAGGCGGAUGGGCGACCGUCCUGGAUGAGGACGUUGCACAAUUCGGCGUCGACGUGGUUGCAACUGCUUCCAAAGAAUUUGCCGACCUUGAGGAGAACCGUGGAGAACAUCAAGGACCCGCUCUACAGGUACUUCGAGCGGGAAGUGAACAGCGGCGCCAAGUUGCUGCAAGACGUGAUACACGAUUUGGAAGACGUUGUUUUGAUUUGUCAGGGUAAGAAGAAACAGACCAAUUAUCAUAGAACCAUGUUGUCGGAAUUAGUAAAAGGAAUUUUACCGGGCGGUUGGAGGCGAUACACUGUCCCGCGAGGAUGCACCGUCAUACAGUGGAUAACGGACUUUAGUCACAGAGUGUCGCAACUGCAAGAAGUUUCACGGCUGGUGUCUCAAGGCGGAGCUAAGGAGAUCAAGAGUUUCCCCGUUUGGCUCGGAGGUUUAUUGAAUCCGGAGGCCUACAUAACGGCGACGAGGCAAUGCAUAGCGCAAGCAAACAGUUGGUCCCUGGAGGAACUUCAAUUGGACGUAACUAUAGGGGAUGGUGACAACAUCGCAACCGACGAUUGUUCAUUCGCGGUGACCGGCUUGAAGCUGCAAGGAGCACACUGCAAGGAUAACCAACUGUACUUGACUUCGACGAUCAUGACCGAUUUACCAGUCACCAUGUUGAGGUGGAUACGAUCCUCCACCGACGAGGUUCGCAUGGGGAAGUUGUCCUUGCCGGUCUAUCUGAACAGCACGCGCACCGAGUUGCUCUUUACCGUCGACUUGAAUAUCGCUCCUAGUCAAGAUCCUCACAGUUUUUACGAAAGAGGAGUCGCCGUUCUCACAUCCACUGCUUUGAAUUAAAAAUUACUCUUUAACUAUUAUAGUUCAUUAUCUCGAAAGCGAGCCUUUCGAGCGAUUUAAAAUGAUCGUGAAACGGGAACCAGAUAUUUAACGAUUAACCAAACAGUACCUUUAAAUCUUAAUUUCAAACAACCUCGUAUUUGUCAAGUAGAGUUUUGGGAUGGGCAGACCGUGGUUCCCUUACCGAUGCUAAUUGCUGUCAAAUACAUAGCGUAAGAUUUCACGAAGAUAUUUAUUUAUAUCUCUGUCUGGUUGUCAUUAUUUAUGAGCUAAAAAGAUUUAACUACGCCACUAAUUAUUUCAUUUUAUUAUAAUUAUAGUAUGCUAGAUGUUUCAUGUAACUUGGCAUUCGAUUGCUGGUGGACAAACGUUUGCCCAUUUCACCCGAUGUAACAAAUAAAUAUAUAGGAAUAUAUGGUGAAGAGAUUUAUUUAACAACUUCGCGAGAUUGUUCUCUGCACGGUACGCAGACAAAGCGCGAUUAGCAUAAUAAAGUGAAACCUGAAACACAUGUAGAACGUCUACAUGACGAUCGUCGUUUCGAUAACGAGGUUGUAAUAUACAUAGUUUUUAUUCAGUUUCAUAUAUACGUUCGAAAGUUUAAGGCUUUUUGUAACUAAGUUAUACAUAUUAUGUUUGCUUCAGCUUAACUAUUAAAAUACUAUAGAACUUAUAUCAUUUCAAUGGCAUCUAAUAAAGUAUUAGCUGUGCUAUAUGAGCGUUAUUCUAGAGAAA